CGUCGUCGUGUCACAGUGACAGUGUAUCCAAUCAAGCAGUCUCGGUCGUCUGAUAAAAUGUUACGUACAGUCGAUGCAUUGUAAAAUUUUACAGAGCUAUUAUGUCGUAUCUAGCGGGAGGUAGGCUGAACGUCGGGCUUGUUCAGGAACAGGCGAGAAAGCGACUGCUUUGUCUGCUGGAGAAGUGCGAUGGCCCAAAGGCUAUUAUAUGGGAUCAGUCGUUGGCCGGACCGAUCGGUCUUGUCGCCAAGUACAAUUUGCUAGAAGAGUACGGUGUUGUGAAGAUGUACCCGCUGUACGGUGGAACCUUGACAAUACCGCCUAACAUUAGUAAUGUCAUAUUCAUCUCGAGGCCGCAGUUAGAGCUCAUGGAUCUGAUUGCCGAGAAUGUUCAUGGAGAAGAGGGCAAGAGGCCGCGUAAAGAAUUUCACUUGUUCUUUGUGCCACGCAAGAGUCUACUUUGUCAAAAGAAGCUCCAGAAUCGCGGUGUCUUUGGCAGCUUCACGCUGAUAGAAGAAUUUAAAUGUGAUCUCUUUCCGUUUGACAACGAUCUGCUAUCGAUGGAACUGAGCGGAUCCUUCAAGGAGUUCCACUUGGAAAACGAUCCCACUUGCCUGUAUCAAGUCGCGCAGGCCAUACAAGGCUUGCAAAAAUUGUACGGGAAAAUCUCGAAAGUCACGGGAAGGGGACCAGCUGCCAGCAAGGUUUGGGAAUUGCUGGAAAGGCUAAAUAGAGAAGAGGAAGAUAACAAAUCACUCCCGGUCUCGGGCUCCGUUGCCAUUGAACACUUAUUAUUACUGGAUCGAUCUGUAGAUUUACUCUCGCCUCUAGUUACGCAGUUGACAUAUGAAGGGUUAAUCGACGAAAUAUACGGAAUAAAGUACAAUACUGUGCAAUUACCUGCAAGAAAAUUCCAUGAUUCUGACGAUUCUCCCACAUCAAUGUCUCUAAACGAUAAGGAACAAAUCAUAUUAAAUUCAGGAGAAGAACUUUUUGCUGAGAUCAGAGAUAAAAAUUUCAAUGGUGUUGGCCCAGUUCUUAGUAAGAAAGCUAAAGUAAUUUCAUCACAGUUUGACGAGAGACACGGCGACAAGAGCGUGCAAGAAAUUAAACAGUUUGUUGCGAGAUUACCACAUAUGCUAGCAACAAAGCAAUCUUUAGCAAGACACACCACAAUCGCCGAGAUGAUAAAAGAGGUAACCGACUCGAGCAACUUCUUGGAAUCGUUGCAAGUCGAGCAAGAACUGUUAAACUGUAUCGACACGGACAAGCCAAAUGCGUACAUCGAAGAUAUGAUAGCGCAGCAACAACCGUUACUCAAAGUUCUACGUCUCCUUUGCAUACAAUCGUUGACAAACUCCGGUCUAAAACCAAAACUGCUAGAUUACUAUAAGAGAGAAAUAAUUCACACUUAUGGAUUCCAACAUUUGCCAACUAUAUUAAAUCUGGAAAAGGCUGGAUUAUUGAAGCAACAGCAGUCAGUGCGACAAUACGCAGUUUUAAGAAAAGCAUUGAGGCUCACUGUCGAGGACGAGAGUGAAAUAGCACCGAAAGAUAUCAGUUACGUACAUUCCAUAUAUGCACCGCUGAGCGUGAGACUAGCGGAGCAACUGGUACAACUAAACGGAUGGCAAGGAUUGAACGACGUGAUGGGAUUAUUACCAGGACCUACCAUAAGCAGCGUCCCGUACAAUGUAUCCUCAUCAGUAAGACGAAAUUCUAUUACCAGCGAAGAUUCUAGUUCGGAACCACCAAAAUUAAUUCUAGUAUUUUUUAUCGGAGGAUGCACUUUCGCCGAGAUAUCUGCUCUCCGGUUUCUAUCGCAACAAGAAGACUUAAAUGUCGAGUUCGUCGUGGGAACUACUAGGUUAAUCAAUGGCGACACGUUUCUCACUUCUUUGAUGGAAGAUUUGGAACGCACGUGAAAAGAAAACUGCUUUAAUUAAAAAUACCGAAAUAGAAUAUUUAAAUUUUUUUGUGAUAACGAAAAACUGUAAAUAUAUUUCUUCUC